AUGAAGCUCUUAUCAACCGCCGCUACAUUCCUCCUCUGCGUCGCCCCCUUCUCUACCGCCCGGUCUUUGGACUUCUUCAACUCUCAAACCCCCAUCAAAGCAGAGAAUGAGGCUGUGAAGGGCGAUAACCCUCUGGUGUACUGCAAUAACCCUUCAAACUAUAUUCUGCAAAUAGAGCGUGUGGACCUCACGCCUAACCCUCCCCUGCCUGGGAAGACACUCACCAUCGAAGCUACGGGUACUUUGAAUGAGAAGAUUGAAAAGGGUGCUUAUGUGAAUCUGGAAGUCAAAUACGGCCUGAUUACUCUUGUCAGGCAGACGGCCGAUCUGUGUGAGCAGAUCGUCAAUGUUGACCUUGAAUGUCCUCUGGAGAAGGGCGAGAUGACCUUGACUAAACAAGUUGAGCUGCCCAGACAGAUCCCUCCGGGCAAGUACAAUGUGCAUGCCGACGUUUACACCAAAGACGAUAAGCAUGUUACCUGCCUUGAGGCGCAUAACAUCGAGUUUAAGGCGGGCUUUAUCUGA